AUGGGAAAGCGGCCGUCAGCAAGAUCGUUCGCCUGCUCUCCCGGUCCAUCAUGCUCUAGCCCGGGGCGCCCGAAACCCGGCCCUCCACCUCGCAGACCCUUUGUCACCUCAACGGCAGAUCCAAUUGAUGACGGCAGAAACGAGAUCAAUACACCGAGAGAAAAUAAUGACGAUUACUUUGGCCAUGUAUCAACGGAGGAUUUUAUUGCUCAGGACGCCGGCUAUGAUGCUGACGUCGAGGUCGUCCGGCCUUUUGCUAUUGAGGAGCCUGAUGACGAGACGGAUCAGACUCCCACAUCGGCACCUACACCGAAUCUGCCCGAGGCAACCGAAAACUGGCAGAAAGAGUUGGUGAAUUCCCUACGCGGUCUCUACUGUGACUCUGAUAGCAACGACACACAUCCACUUAUCAGGCGAAAGCGAGGUAGGAAAAGAAAGCCAGAUCCUUCCAUGGCUUUUUCUCAAAGCUCUCAGAACAUACAAAGCCAACCGUCCAAGGAUUGGGAUUUUGACACGCGAGUUGGAAGCACUGUCUUGAGCCCGAAAAGACGGCGGAAACAAAGUACGCAUACUAAGGAAGAGAUCGAAGUUUCCCACAGCAGCCUGUUGGCCAGCAAUGAUGCGAGCACAGGCUCCAGUCCUGCAGUUCUAUCUACAAGUCCUCAUCGCAGUGACAAACCGCAUAUGCCAAGCUGUGAUGUUCCCGCAAUCGAUCGAAUGGACACCAGUUAA